CAAAAAAAAAAAUAAAUAAAAAAAGAAAAAAAAACAUAGAAAAGAGAAAAUUUCAUUUCUCAACAUUUUUUCGGAUAAAUAUGUUGAAUACAUUUGAUUGGCAUCAAGACUUUUUAAUUAUAAAUUGUGUAUUUUGAAUUGUGUUAGAUAGAUCGUGGAUAAGAUAGAUAGAUUAUUGAAUCCAGUUGAAAGCUAACUCGUUAAUAUCCUAUUAAGUUGAUAAAAUUGUGAGGAGGAAAAAAAAAAGAUUUCAUCCUUCAUUAAAUUCCCGGAUAAAACUAUUGAAUCUAUCUGAAUAAUUUGAACGUUAACUUCUAAUUAACGUUUAUUAACAUUUCUUAAUUUUAAAAUAAAACUCGGAAGAGCAAGCAAGUAAUUCGAGUAACUUCUCAACAGCAGCAAACUCGGUGAAGGAUUUACUCGUGCAAUGAGAGAACUCGAUCGUGAUUCAGUCUACGGAGAGCGUGGGCGUCGAUAACCAAAUUGUGGUAAGGUGAAAGAGAAGUUUGAGAGAGAAGGAGGGAAGGUUUAUACGCUUCUCGACGACGAUGCCGACGACGCCGACGACGACUACGUCGACGCUGACGAUAACAACGACGACGGCGUUCUCCUCACAGUACCUUCAAGUGAAAGUCGCGAAUGGUUGUUCAGUCGUGCGACGACGUUCAAAGUGUUCGGAUCUCGUUCGUUCGUUCGUUCGUUCCCCUACAUCUACGUCCUUUUUCUUUCCAUUACUUCCUUCUUUUCCUUCUUUUUUUCGCUUGGUUUCCGUCAAUUCGCUGACCUUGAACGGUAAAAGACGAAGCGUAUCUUCUGAACGAGGACGAUCACGUACGAAACUCGUGCAAACUAUAAAUGGAAAUGCAAGAAUUUAUUUAUAAGUUUUUCAUGUGUUAUUAGAACAGAAAAAUACAUAAACACACACACAUACACACACACACACAUAUAUAUAUAUAUAAACAAAUGAAUAAAUAAAAGAAGAACAUAAAGAAAUGUUUCUUCAUUCACGGUGUAUUCGGUGAUAAAUGAAAUUCCGUUUCCCGUGGGACUAUACGUACAUAAACAAAAAAGGAAAAAAAAAAUAAGAAGUCCGAAGUUUUACUCGAAACACGUGUUCUUCUUUUUCACGAGAGAAACUAUAAUUCAUCAACGUAUCUAAUCUGAUAAAUAAGAAUGGCAAGGCAGCAGACAGCCGAUCGAAAUAUACCUCAUUUACGUGACAUUUUCGGUUUUGGUAACAAAUGGGAAAAUGCACGUAUGCAAGCCGAAGAAAAAGCUGCUGGACAUGACAGCGCGGUUUCCGUAGGUUCAACUUCUGGCGAAGAAGAAAGUCCGAAGAAUAGUAAGAAGAAGAAGACCAGAAGACGGGACAACAGUAAGACCCUUACCGAGAGCGAUGUCAAACAUUUGGAAAGACAUCUUUCAAUGAAGAAGACGAUACGCAAGAAGAUAAUGCGUGACCUUCAACAAGCCUUCGUUGAAGAUCCUAAUGAGUUCCGCGUUGAUGACAUACCACCGGAACAACUCAAAGCUGAAAUCAAUAUCCAGAGUCUCAGUUUCGGUACGCCAUCUCAAAAACAGGGACGCACGCGUGGCAAUGCCGAGAGCACGUUUCUUGAUAUGCUUAGAGCAGGUGGCGGUUUAGAAAAAAAUGGUACAGACGGUGAUAGGGAUUCUGGACACGGUGGUUCGCCAACAAGAGAAACACCUAGUGCCCAAGAUACUGAUGAUGAAUGUAGCUAUAGCUAUGACACUCCAACAGCGAUGCCUCCGAAAAAGAGCGGCAACUUUUGGAGACGUUUUACUAUGAAAAAUCGUAAUAAACGAUAAGGAUGAAUCGUGUGAUGAUUUCAUUCGAGAGUUUCGUUGACCAAACGCGAGGACACAAACUCUAUAUCGAUAUUUAUUAAUUUCCACCCUUUAUAUUACCAUCGUACCAAUGUAGUUCAAGCAGAGAUUUGCAACUGUGAUAUGCAUUAAAAUCCAGUCCUACCCCUUUCGGAGAAAGAUUCCUCAUCCUCAUUCUUCUCUUCUCUUCUCUUCUCUUCUCUUCUUUUCUCUCCUUCCUUCUUCUCUCUUCCUCCCUCCCUUUCUCCCUUCCUCCCUCUCUCCCUUUCUCCCCCUUUUUCCCCUCUCCCUUUCUCCCCCCCCCUCUCUCUCUCUUCCCUUUCUUAGUUUUCAUUGUAAGAUUUUAAGAAGUUUCCAAAGAAGCUUUAUCAUAAAAAGCAUCGAGUUAGAGACCAAGUCUAUUUUAAGAGAUUAAAGUACCCACGAGUACACGCACAAAAUAAUAUGAAUAGUAUAAUUUGAAUAGUAUAAGCAUAUCAAGGAACAUUGUAAGACAUUCGUUAUUCGAUAUCUCUCAAAUUCUGAUGUCAAUGACAAUCACAUAUUAUUAUGCAUAAUUGAAGAAUAAUAUAACAAUAAAUCAUAUUUAGUAAUAAAAUGUAACAUACAAAAGUUUCAAACAUUUUCUAUUUGUAUACAAUAUACAUACAUCAAAUCUAUUCUUUAGAAGAAAAAACUUGAAGGACCAUUCUACACACUUUGUAUUUUAUAUAUUGUAUAAUAUGGAAACUUCUUAAUGAUCUGUAUACAUGCAUAAUCAAUUGUAUUUGUAAUAAUAAUAAGCACAUGCAUUUUCCGAUGUUUACUUCUAUUAACAAAUAAGAGGAGAGUGACGAAUGUGAAAUAUAGUUUUAGCUUCUAAGAAUAGAUAGUUUUCUUAAUGUGUCUAAACUAAAGUGAAAAUGUGAAUUUUGAAAAAUAUAUGUAUAAAUAUAUUUGACAUAAGCACGACAUUGAUAUACGUGCAUAUUAUUAGUAUUAGCUAGUCAACAUCGCUCUUGAAUAAUAAACUUAUGCAGAAUAUCGUGAUAAUCUUUUGAUUAAAUAGGAAAGCUAUGAUCAUGGGAAUGAAAGCUUUUUGCAAUUAUAAGAUGUUUAAAAUAUCGCUUUAAAGAAAAAAAUUUAUAUUACAUUUGUAACCAACUCAAUCAAUUUCUUAAAUACCUUUCUUAAUCAGAACACACUUUUUAUUAUAAAAUAAAUCUGUUCCCUCAGCUUUACAAUUAAACGAAAUAUAUAAAAUAUUAUUGUUAAAAUAA